GACGUCACUAUCCGGGGGGGAAGCCGAUAUCCUCGUAACGAAAACAAGCGAGCAGCCGAGCCGCGUCUUGCUAAAGCUAGCUCCGCUAUCUUUAACGGCAGUCAGCCCGGUGCUGGGCUGCGAGCUCCCUCAACUUUUUUUUUCCAACAACCAACUUUUGAAAGACACUUCAACUACUGUACAAGACACGCUCUUUUAAAAGUUUAAAGCAAUGGCGUGCGGAGCUACCUUGAAGAGGACCAUGGAUUUCGAUCCACUCAUGAAUCCCGCUUCCCCUAAAAGACGAAGAUGCAUUCCCGUGUCUCAAUCGUCGUCCUCCCCCAGGAAGUAUCUAAGCUUGGAGCCCUCGCCAUUCGGGGAGUCGUCAUCCAGACUGAGCGCAGGUAAUCCUAGCAAAGUUGAGGACCACGGGCCUUUGCAACCUGUUGUUCAGGCUCAUCAAGACGAAUAUUUUGUGCUAAAUGUCCUUCCUCCCCCAGAACAAAUCCUCCACAGCAUCAAGCAGGAGUACAAACGCAUACAAAAGAGGAAGCAUCUAGAGGCUGGGGGCUACCAGCCAUCAGAGUGCUGCUGCUCUCCAGAAUCUCCUCCUCCAUCCCAGUCCACAAUGUCAGUGACAUCUUCCGGAGGCGCUUCCCCGUCUAGGAAGGAGCAACCUCUAUUUACCCUCAGACAAGUUGGGAUGAUCUGUGAACGUCUUCUGAAAGAAAGGGAAGAAAAGGUGCGGGAGGAGUAUGAGGAGACCAUGACGUCCAAACUGGCAGAACAAUACGACACCUUUGUGAAGUUCACACACGACCAGCUCAUGCGAUUCGGGGAACAACCUGCAAGCUAUGUUUCCUGAGCUCACAUGGCGUCCGUCUUUCAUUGCAUACGGAUCAUGUGACAACUCCAGCAAGGAAAAACAAAUACACACACACACACACAAAAACACUCAUCGUUGUUACGAGAUUCAGUUUAGUUUAAAUCAAACUUUCUUACUGUGCCAUAUUUCUGUGGUUGGGCAAAUGGUUGUAAACAACCCGGUGCUUCCCGAUGUAAGCGCAACCCCCUCCCCUUAACCUUCUCACCUGUGUGGUUGGUCACAGCUGUGUGUGCGCCGACAAUUCUCACACUUUUUGUGACCAUUUCCAGCUUUUACCAGCUUGUUCACUCUUUGGUUUGUUACGUGUAAAUAUGUUGGAACAGCACUGGGUAUGCUGUCAGAAGGAAGCUUAAAGUUGCCCCUCCAUUUAUUCAUUUUUAUAAUUAAGUAGGCCAAAUAGAUUAUUUUUUUCCCUUCCCUGACCAAGUGUUUUAUUUAUUUCCCUUUGUUUUAUUUGUAUAACUUUGAAUCCAUUAUACUUAAUCUGAAAACAAUAAAGGACUUUUAAUUUUAAA